AGUGUUUUUAUGUAAUAAUGUCAUAUUGCAGUUAGAGUUUGAUAUUGAACACGAUGGCGAAUCUAAUACUUUAUUUAUUGAUAACGCUCUUGGCUAUCGCAAACGCCGACGAUUUAAAAGAUUUUGAGUUUUCUGAACCAAAUGAACUAUUAAUAGCACAGGAAUCUAGGCAUUACGAGACGGUCGUUAAACCUCCUAUCAGGAUCUUUAAGCCCAAUGGCGUCACAAAUUCGCAUAGACCACAGUACAAUUUAGAUUCUUUGGAAGCAGACAGUUCACAAUUUAAUGACGAUGUGACAACAAAGAAGGCUUUAGUAAAGAAUUAUAAAAGUAAGAAGAACAAGGAUGGAAUGAUAAGGGAUGCGGUGUUGAGAGCAUUGGAGAGGAAAGACCAUGUUGGGAAGUUCGCGCAGAUCCUACCAAUCAUCAGGGCGAUGUCUGGAAACCAGAGGGUGGCACUCGCGUCACUGGUCGCGAGUCAAGUUACUACACCUCCUGGAAGGCAGCCCCUCAGUUUGUCUCAGGUGAGAUCAAUGUUCAAUAACAACACCACUUCAGAUUUGAUGUUACCAAUCCUAUUGGACACGGCUAAUUUGAUUCGUCGUUCGAUGAGACCGGGUAAAGAACCGCGCGAAGUAAAAACUCCACAAUCACUAUUCCAAAGAAGAUCAUUUAAUGAAGACACAUCACUGAAUGGUGAUUUAUUCGAUAGUGGACAAGAAAACGAAUCAAGUACAACCACACAAUCCAUUAUACAAAAAUAUCGUAACUUCAGAAUCACUUCAAGAUCACAAAGAGUACCGUUUAAAAUAAAUACAACAAACCCAAUCAAAGAACAUUCACGAGAUAAUAAAAUUACAAAUAACACGCAAAACGAUAAACUUAAAGACACUACACUCGAUGAUUAUGGUAACGAUGAGAAUAGUAAUCUAACAAGAGCACAAUAUUUGACAACAGAAGCGACUAUUAAAUCAAGAUUUGACGAUAUUGAUCGUGUACUCGAUAACAGCACUAUGGACCUUUCAGCAGAUUCGACGAAUAUGACUCUUAUUCAAGACCUACCUGUGCCCGAGAAGCUUCGUUCGUUAAAUAGAUAUAUGGACAGGAAAGGUAACAUAGUACGUCGUGGCAUGUAUCCAAAGCCGUCGCCUGCAUCACGUCGGACAACUGCUGAACCGACGCUUGGCCCACUCAUUCGUCGCAGACCGAUGCCAGCUAGAAAACUACCUGUAGUCAGCGAUCAGUCGAAAUGCGAGCUAUUCACUAACACCUUGUGCUUACAUUCCGAUGAUUAUCCGACAGAAGCAAUAGUGCAGUCAAUUCGCCGAAACAAAGCAGCGGCUGGGGCCUUGCUUGCUGAUUAUAAGGAUCCUGGUGAAGGCGCUGUGGAUGGGAUCACAGCUGCUCAGGAAGCGAAGUAUACCGCUGACCAUUACCUGGUGUCGAACAGACGAGGAGAUACAGCCAACCGUGACUUCGCCGGAGCUGGAGAGGCUGGAUUUAUGUGUCCAAGCACAGUGAAGUACGCGAGACCACAGCGAGCUAGAGCAACGUCGGGACAAUGGAAAUACAUCGUAAAUACUGGGGAACACACGCAGACGUUGCGAUUAGAGAAAUGUUUAAAACCAAAGGAAUCGUGCACCUAUUUGACUGAUAAUUUUAAAUCGAAGUGCGUCCAAGUUUAUAAUUACCAUAGACUACUGACUUGGGAUCAACAAAAUGGGCUACAUAUGGAUAUAUUCAAAGUGCCAACUUGCUGUUCCUGUCACAUCGAAGGCUACAGUGUAUCUUUUCCACCGGUUGGUCACAGAGUUCAUGAAACGUCGUCUGAACAUUUCCCAGGAGAAGAUUUGUCGUCGGAACGUGAAAAUCAGGCCUUUGAAACUAUACAAUCCAGUGUACAACGACCAAGCGUAUCUAAAACACCCCCAUUUAGUUUUAAUAAGCCAUUAGAAACAUUCCCACCAUUCGUCGAUAAUCAUAAUUCAAUACCAGGAUCAAGUCACAAUAAAGCUAAACUAAGUGAUGACGAUGAAUUUAAUAACAUACCGUCAAAUACUAUGGACUCCUAUGGAAAUACAUAUUUUCCGGAUUCAUUUAAUCAGGCGAGUUCUGUAAGAAACAGUAAAAGGCCUGUUCCUCGUAAUCCUGGUGGAAUACUUGGAUUAGAUUCGGUUACAUUACCUAGUUAUUUAGAACCACCUACACCAUCUGCAUCAUCAUCAUCAUUUUCAUUUUCGAAAGAUAAUAUAAACAAGUAUAAAAUAAUUGACAGUCAAUUCAAAAGAGGUCCUGUCAGACCAAGUCGACGACCGAUUAGAAAAAAGAUAUCUAGUGGUCCGGAAGACUUAAUGUCGUCAGGAACAUCAGCUAUAGGUGCAUAUGUUAGUGACAAUUUGGAAACCGCGGAAGAGUUUAAUGAGGAUUCAGAUGAUUCUGAAAUAGAAAAUGUUAGUUCUAGUUUCAACCCUAGAGCUACUAUAGCUCCAAAACUUUAUGCUGUCACAACUGAUAGAAACUUUAGUACAUUUAGUUCUGAUCAAAUUAAAAUGAUUAAUGAUGAAACAACGAAUGCUAAGAAAGUUAAUUACAACUAUCAUCCUAUUAUUGAUUUCUUUGGCAAAGGUGAUAAAGAAGACGAUCCAAUCGAUAGAGAAGACAAUGUUGAAACAUAUGAAGUAUCCCCAGAAUCGGAAUGGAAACCCAUAAGCCGUCCAACCUCAGAUGUUAAAUCUACAAACAAAAUAGAGCGAAAAAAGCACAAGUAG